AUGGCUGAGAUGUUUGUGUUCACCGUCACCUUCCCCCCCUUCGGCAUUUCCCGGCCCCCGCAUCCGGCUAUUGUACCCCCCCAUCGAGCCGGAUCCAGCCCCGGUGCUGGCGGGGAGGAACCAGGAUUUCGGGAGGAAACGGGAAGGCUGGCCAGGGCCGGCAUGGCGGGCGGCUGGGAGACAGCAUUGGGCCUGGGGCUCUGCCUCGCCGCCCUGCACCACGGAGGCUGCCGCCUUCCCAGCGUGGCCACGGCACCCCAAACUCCAGCUGUGCUGCGGGACAAUUUCCGCCUGCAGCCGGGUGAUUUGGUGACCACAACGGGACAAGCAUUGGAGCUGGAUUGUGUCCCCCCCUUGGGGUACCCCGAACCCUACAUUACCUGGAAGAAGGACGGGGUGACCUUGGACUUGGUAGGUGGCAGGUACGCGGUCACCAAGGGGAAGUUGCAGGUGGCAUCGGCACAACGGAGCGACUCCGGUCUCUACAUCUGUGUGGCGGCCAAUGCGGCAGGCAAGAGGGAGAGCCGGGGUGCCCGCGUCUCUGUGCUGGAGAAGCCAAGCAUUGUGCGGCACCCGAGUGACGCCGUGGCGGUGGCUGGCAGCACCGUGGAGCUGGGUUGCAGCGCCCGAGGUGACCCAGCACCACAGGUGCAGUGGCACAAGGAGCAUGGAGACCUGCCCUGGGGCAGGCACGAGGUGGACCGGGAGCACACUCUGCACCUCUAUGCCGUGACGUCUGCCGAUGCCGGCGCGUACGUGUGUACAGCACAGAGCCAGCUGGGCACCGCCGCCGCCACCACCUUCCUGCACGUGGAGGACCGGCUGGCAACGGGCCAGCAGGAGACUGCCCCACGGGACCUGCUGGCCGUGCGGCUGCACCUGGACAACGGCACUGCACUGCCCACUGCCGCUGUCCAGCUCCGCUGGCAGAUGCUGAUGCCGGUGCCGGUGCCUGUGGGCUACGUGGUGCUGUACCGCAGCCUGCUCCCGGUCACCACCUCCUGGGUCCAGCACGAUGCAGGCACGGAGCUCAGCGCCACCAUCCCUGCGCUCCGCAGGGGCUACAAGUACGAGUUCAAGGUCCGACCCUACACUGGAGGAACCCAGGGUUCAGACAGCAACAGCAGGCACCUCUGGAUACCCGAGGAAGUGCCUAGUGCAGCGCCCCAGCGUGUCACCGUCAGCCAGGCUGAGGCAGGGAACAGCACCGUGGUCGUGAGCUGGGAGCCGCCUCCUCCUGAAGCACACAAUGGCGUCAUCCGGGGCUACCAGGUCUGGUCAAUGGGUGAGGGCUGGCAGCAUCCCACCAACAGGACAGUGGACGGAGCCACCCACCGCCUGGAAAACCUCCUCCUACACCCUGGGGCCGAAUUCUGUGUUCAGGUGGCAGCUUUCAACAGCGCAGGGCUGGGGGUUCCCAGCAAUGCCACGUGUGGAGUCCUGGGGCUGACAGCAGGGAGCAGCAGGGUGGUCCAGGCACUGCGGCAGCCUGCUGUCAUCGCAGCCGCUGGUUCCAUGCUCUGGUUGGCCUUACUCGCCCUCCUCCUCCUCCUCUGCCAGCGCCGGGCCAGCCAGGACGCCGCAGCUCGCCACAGGCUGGUGGCUGGUGACUCGCCAUGGCUUGGUGGUCCCUGGAAACCCAGCUGUGCCCCCCGAAACCUCAGCAGCAGCAGCAGCCUCAGCAGCCGGCUCCUGGGCAGUGAUGGCAGGGACCCCCACCCCUCCUCCCUCUCCUUGGAGCCGCCGAGCCUUGGUCCCCCCACGCCCCCCAUCCACAGCAGCCUCUGUGGGGGACACCCACCACCCCUCGGGGACAUGGGGUGCUGUGGUGGGGGGCACCCCGGGGUGCAUUCCUCGCCCAGCACCCCAAACCCAGCACCCUGGGAGCGUGUUCGCAAGAGAGAGCUGCACCAAGUGCACAGCACCCCGGUGCUCAUAGCUGGCCCCAGCCACAUCCCUGUCACUGGAAGUGGAGGCGAGUGGGGGACAGACUUUGGGCAGGCAGCCAGGCAGCCUCAGCAAAGGGGACACGAGAGUGACACCAUCGCUGCCAGGAUGGACAGCAGGGACCCACGGCUACCGGUCUUCAGCUCUCCAAAACCACAUCGGGGCAGCACCUCACCGGCCUCUGGUGUAACCACAUCACUGGUGACACCCCCGAGACCACCCCAUGCCUGGCACCCACCAGUGACACGGUCCCCGGCCUCUGUGUGCCCCAGGGACACAUCUCUGGUCACCAGGCAUCCCAAGGACAUGUCCCCAGUCACUGGGAUCCCCAGGGACAUGUCCCCAGUCACUGAGAACCCCAGGGGUGUGUCACCAGCCACCAGGAACCCUAGGGACAUGUCCUUGGUCACUGAGCACCCCAAGGACAUGUUCCUGGACAGCAGGCACCCCAAGGAUGUGUCCUCAGUCACCAGGACCCCCAGGAACAUGUCGCCAGCCACUAGGCACCACAAGGAUCCAUCACCAGCAACCAAGAACCAGAGGGACACAGUCUUGGCCACCAGGCACCCUGAGGACACCUCCCUGGUCACCAGGCACCCAAAGGACACAUCCCAAGGCACAAGUCUGCCCAAGGAGAUGUCCCCACCCACUAGGCACUGCAGGGACAAGUUCCUGGCCUCCAGCAGGUCUCCUGAAAACAUGUCACCAGCCUUGAGGCAUCCCAAUGACAUAUUGCCAGCCACUGGGCACCCCAGGGACACAUCUCCACUCACCAGGCACAUCUCCACUCACCCUGAGGAGAUGUCAUCAGUCCCCAAGCACCUCAGGGACAAGUUCUUGGACACCAGGUACUCUAAGGACAUAUCUCAGGCCACCAGGAACCCCAGGGAGCCAUCACUGGUGACCAUGCACACAAGGGACAUGUCCCUGUGCAGCAGGUACCCUGAAAACAUGUCACCAGCAAUAAGGCAUCCCAAGGACACAUCUCCAGACAGCAGGCACCCCAGGGACACAUCUCCAGCCACCAGGCAUCCCGAAGAGGUGUCUCCCGUCACUGGUCACCAGAAGGACAUGUUCUUGGACACCAGGUACACCAAGGACAUGUCCCUGGCCACCGGGCGCCUCUCGCCAGCAUUCAGUGAUGGGGUCCUCACACAACAGCAGGUGGCUGAGGUCCUGGAGAUGGACCAGGACACUAACUGCUGCAGACCCCCAGCACCAACCACACCACGGUCCUUCUCACCACUGCACACCUACGGCUACAUCUGUGGGCCACCAGCCUCUGAGCUAGGUGAGGAGGAGGAAGAAGAGGAGGAGGAGGAAGAGGAGGAGGAGGAAGAGCAUACAGCAACGAGGGGCUCACCAGGAGGGUCGCUGCUGAAUGGCUGGGGGUCUGUCUCGGAGGACAACUUUGCCAGCACCCGCUGCAGCUUGGUGAGCUCCUGUGACGGCUCCUUCCUCCUGGACGCCAGCUUUGCCCGGGCACUGGCCGUGGCUGUCGAUGGCCUCUGCUACAGCCUUGAGGACACCGAUGGGGCCUACGAGGGUCCCUCACCACCACCAUCGCCCUUGGAGCAGGUCUUCCCACCUGGAGCCCACACUACCAGCUGGGACUGGUGGACAGCGCUGGAGGUCCCACAGAGAACCAGGACAGAGGCAGCCGUGAACAGUAGCUCACAGAAUGGUGGCCAAGGGUCAGGGAUUGGCAGCCCCUGGGCCAGGGAAGGUGGUGAGCUGCGGACAGGAGGGACAGGAGCGAGGCAGUCCCCAGGGCGUAGGACACAGCAAGGCCAGACCCUUGGCUCAGCUAAAAUCCAGCUUUAUUAGGCAGUUCCCCAAACAGGGGCUCUUUACUAGGAAAAGCCACCCACAAAGGGUGGAUGGCGCCUAGGUUGGUGGGUGUCCCUCCUUAUUCAGUGUUCUUGUCCUUCCCAAGUGUCCUCCUUCCACAGUUCUCCAUCCCUGCUCAGCAUCCCCACCCCUUCCCAAAUUCCUCAUUCCUCCCCAGCAUCCUCAUCCUCCCCAAGAGUCUGCAUCCCUCUAAAUGUCCUUGUCCUUCCUCAGUGUCCUACUCCUUCCCUAGCAUACUCAUCCCUCCUUACUAUCCUUCUUCAACCCAAGCACUGUUGCCCACCCUGUGUUCUUUUCCUUCCCUAGGGUUGUUGACCCCCUUGACGAUCCCCAUUCCCGCUGACUAUUCCCAUUCCUUCCAGCUGUCCUUAUGAUAGUUCAUGUCCUUCCUCAGCAUCCUUGUCCAACCUUUUCUAUCCUUGUCUCUCCCAAACGUUCUGAUCCUUCCCAAGCCACCUGAGUGGCCUUGUGCUCCCUCUAAAUGUCCUUGUCCCUCCUAACCAUCCUCAUUCCCAGGCUUCUCAGCCCUCCUGAGUGUCCUCAUCCUUCAUCAGUUGUUUUGUUCCCCAUGCCAAGUGUCCUUUUCCUUCCCCACUGUCCUCAUCCCCCUGCAACCAUCCUCCUUGUCCCUUACUACUGUCCUUGUCCCUCCCAAGUAAUCUUGUUUUUUUCAAGUGUCCUCCUCCCCCCAGCAAUCCUCAAUCCCCUAGAAAUCCUUGUCCUUCCUCCAUGUCCUCUUCCCUCCAGGCAUCCUUGUUCCCCAGCCUUCCUUGUCCCUCACCAGCACCCUCAUCCAUCUGUUGUAUCCUUGUCCCCCAUCAUGUAAUCUUGUCCCCCACUAACUGUCCCCUUCCCUUUCAAUCACCUCAUCCCUCUCAGAUGUCCUUUUCCUUUCCCAGCAUCCUUGUUCCUCCAAGCUGUCCUUGUCUGCAGGAUCCUUGCCCCAUUCAAGCAUCUUCCUCAUCCCUCCCCAGCACCCUCAUCCCUCUUCUGCUCAUCUGUCCCAACUGUUUCUGUCCCCAGGGUUCAUAUCCUCCCUUGAGCAUCUUCUUUGUCCCUCCUGAGCAUCCUUGUUCCUCCCAGUGUCCUAAUUCCUUGUGAAUUCCUUGCCCCACCCCAAGAAUCCCUGUCCCCCUCACUCUUGACGCCGACUGGCCGUGACCUCUGUGCAACCCUAUUUUUUUGGAGCCACUCAGAAAUUAAAGAACAUCCCUCAGUG